AUCAUGUCGAAAAACCAACACACGAUAUUAAUUUUUUUGACUGGUAUUUAUUCCAUAUCUGGAGUUUUCUGCUCAUGGGUGACAUGUUCAGAAAAUGGGGUUGCAUAUAUGUUUGAAGAGCAAAAAGUUGAUUGGAAUGAGGCAGCAAGGGGAUGCGAGUUUGCCGGUGGAUCUUUAGCUAUUAUACGGUCGAAUUUUGACGAAGAUUGUAUCGUAAGAAACCUAAAACAAAGUGUUGGUCCCUAUUCUAUUGGAGGUACAAAAUCCUCCUCUGGACUUUGGACAUGGAUGGAUGGCACCCUAAUUACUCAGCCAACGUACUGGGCGACAGGUGAACCCAAUAAUGCUGGAGAUGGUGAAAAUUGCUUACACUUCCGGUUGUAUGAUGGAGUUUAUUUUUGGAACGACAUUUCUUGUAAUGUGAUUGGUGGUUAUGUUUGUCAAAGGACGCCAUAUAGCACGGAAUCUAUGACGUCAGUCACAAACGAGCAGUCUACAACAUCAGCAAUGGAGACAACUGUGACAACUCACG